AUGAAUGACACUGAAAAAGCAGCAUGGCAAAGUUUCAACUUGACUACUUUCCUCAAAACCUUGGAGACUACAGUGAAGAAAGAACAAGGAGAAAGAUUCCAUGAAGAUAAGAACGGUUGUCUGUAUGAACACAUAAGGUGGGGUGAAGCUUUUGUAAUAGUAUAUUCCGUGGUGGACAGACACAGUUUUCACGAAGCUCAGGAAAUUCUAGGCCAACUAGUCAAACUUAAGCUUCCAUCAUACUACACCAGCCUACUCUUAGGAAACAAAAGGGAUUUGGACCACUCCAGGCAAAUCUGCGUGGACGACGGCCAAGAGCUAUCCCUCCAGUACGGCUGCCAAUUUUACGAAGUUAGCGCCGCGGAAAAUUUCGCGGGAGUAUCCCUGGCCUUCCAGUCUCUCCUCCGCGAGGCGAGAUCAGUCCAGCUGCUGAAAGCCCUGCCCAUCCGCAGAAAGUUGGGAGUCAACAGCGUCUCGAAGGUUCUGGGCAACAUCUUCGGCAAGAACUCCAAGGGGGACCGCAAGAAGAGGCCAUCCCUUAGUAUAUAAGAACUCGACACUGUGAAGUUAUAUUUAUUAAGUCUUGACCCGAGUUGCCUAUAUGAAAAUGUGAUAGCAACAUUUUACCAUUCGCAGUAGGAUCGUGCGAGUUGCUAUGCUUUUAAGAAGACUGAAUCUUUUCCAUGAUUUUGUAACUCUAGGUCUAGAGUAAUGUUUAGAUUCAUAGAAAUUGGAUAUCGUAAGUUUCCGUUUCUUAGCACUUUCGGUAUCUGAGCAACAUUUGGUCACCCUUAAUUAAAGAGGGCUUGUUUCUUUUUAGAGGAUAAAUUGCCUGCAUUUUAUAGCAACUGAAGCGUAUACUGUCCGGUGAUAACUGAGACAAUAAAAAUAUCAAGUUAAUUUAAAUAUUCACCAGUUAUCCAUAAGUUGAAGAUUUUAAUCACACAUGUGAUAUGUGCAAAGAGAUAAUUGUUAUUGAAUUAAUUUACAUUAAUUGAAAGAGACUUAAAACUGGUUUCUAUCUUCUUUUGCUCAUUUUUUGUUUUACCUAACUUCUUUCAGUGCCAAUAAAGCCAAUACUUACAGAUCAGAACAAACAUUUUACCUUUGUUUGAAAAUCUAGUUUUAUCAAAAAGUACUUAAUUUGAUGUGUUGAACUGACUAGGCAGACAUAACUCUUUGUCAACUGAAGUUUUUUUUCUGACAUUAAAGUUUUAUUCCUCUACUAUUUUGUAAUGUAAAUAGAGAUAAAAACAGUACUAUAGCUUUUGUGGUAUUCUGGAACUGUAUGGGACCAAGUUUCAAAACCUUUGACUUAUACGGGAUGUCAUAAGUUUUAGUGAUUCUAUUUUAACAAGAGUUUGCUCCCUUGGAAGCAAAAGAAGCAUUGCUUCACUAAGUUUAUACCUAUUAACGAAUUAUACAGAUAUCUGAUCGAUUGCGAUACCAUAUCGCGAGUUCUUAACAGUUAUAUAAAUGAAUUUUGAUGAUUUAAAUGAUUUAAAAUGUCCAACAGUCAAUUAAAUAAAGGUCAGGAAAUAUUAUUAUUAUUACCUUUACUCUCCUUCUAUAUUAUAUUUAUUCUACCUAUCAUAAUUCAGUUUAUUUUUCUCUGUUAAUUGUAUAACCCAUGUUAAAUAUUCUUAUUUAUUUUGACCCCUUCAAUUAAGGCACUCAAAUUUCUGACGUUCUGUAUAAAUGUUUCAAAGUUUCGACAAAAUGAAAUAUGCAAUAUUUUUUAUCACCUGUAUAUAGAGAUUGUAAAUAAACACUAGUUUUAUAGUAAAAUGUAAAAUUUGUAAAUAUUCAAUCUGCAAAGAUGAUUAAGAAUAUGAAAUCCAUCAAUAUAUAACAUAUUGCAUCAAUAUUGAUCUCAUUAAAUCGAAUUUGUAGAAAUAUUUUUGUAUUCUUUAGAAAAUAAUUUACUCUAUAUUUGUAUUGUGUAA